AUGCAUCGGUCCUCCAACUACUCCUAUCAACACUCUACCAGAUCCUCGUCCUCCCACGGCACGAGUAGCGCCUUCAGUCCCAAUGCCAACCCCAAUGAAGACUGGACCAAGAUCUCUGAUCUGGCUGAAAGACGCCGCAUCCAGAAUCGCAUUGCCCAGCGCAACUACCGCAAGAAACUGAAGCGUCGUCUGGAGGAUCUAGAAAAGAGAGCCGGCUCCGCUUCCGAAUCUCCAGAGGCCACGCCAGAAGAGAAGCCGGACCCCGUCAAGACGGCGUCCAAGUCUCGCAAAGGCCACCAUCGGGCAUCCAAGUCGACCUCCGACGUGAACAGUCGCGGCGCAGGCGCGGACCGCUCCUCGCCCUACGACUGCUACGCCGCCCAGGACGACCGCAGCCAGAUGUUCACCAACCAGUAUACCAGACAGCUCUCGGCCUCGCCGCCCCCAGUCCUGUCCUACCCCUCCUACUCGCAUCUGGAUCCCUACGGCCAGCAGUCCUACGCCCCGCCCACGCCCGCCUACCACUCCGUCUCGGGCGGCGCCUACAACGACAUCUCCUACCAGGCUGGCGACUACGCCUCGCCGCUGCCGUCCAUGCUGCCUAUGCUCAUGUCCCCGGCCAAACGGCCGCCGUUGCCGCACCCUCACCACCCUCAUCACCACACUUACGCCGACGACGACAUCGUCAGCCCCUUCCACAUGAGCUACGCCUCCAUGGCCGGCAUCGAUCUGCCGCAGCAGAUCGCGGACGCCGCCGCGCUUCCGGUACGCGCUGCUCUUCCUCCUCCUCCUCCGCCGGGACAUCGCGUCCCAACCAAUGCGCCGUGCUAA